GUGGGGAGCCUUCAGAUUUCUUUAGCUAAGAAGACAGAGGUCAGCAUGCACAGCCUUCCUCUGCUGCUGCUGCUGCUGCUGUUCUGGGGCACGGGGUCUCAUGGCUUCCCAGCAGCGACUUCAGAAACACAAGAGCAGGAUAUGGAGAUGAUCCAGAAAUACCUGGAAAACUACUACAACCUGAAGAGUAAUGAGAAACAAAUUAAAAAGCAGAGAAAGAUUACCCCAGUGGUUGAAAAACUGAAGCAAAUGCAGAAAUUCUUUGGGCUGAAAGUGACUGGGAAGCCAAAUGCUGAAACCCUGAAUGUAAUGAAGCAGGCUAGAUGUGGGGUGCCUGACGUAGCUCAAUUUGUCCUCACUGAGGGGAACCCUCGUUGGGAGCACACAAACCUGACCUACAGGAUUGAAAAUUACACACCAGAUUUGCCGGGAGCAGUUGUGGACAAUACCAUUGAGAAAGCCUUUCAACUCUGGAGUAAUGUGUCACCCCUGACCUUCACCAAGGUCUUUAAGGGUCAAGCAGACAUAAUGAUAUCGUUUGCUUGGAGAGAUCAUGGUGACAAUUCUCCCUUUGAUGGACCUGGAGAAGUCCUUGCUCAUGCUUUUCAACCAGGCCCAGGUCUUGGAGGGGAUGUUCAUUUUGAUGAAGAUGAAAGGUGGACUAACGAUUUCACAGAUUACAACUUGUAUCAUGUUGCUGCUCAUGAAUUGGGCCAUUCCCUUGGACUCGCUCAUUCUUCUGAUAUUGGGGCACUAAUGUUCCCCAGCUACAUCUUCAGUGGUGAUGUUCAGCUCUCUCAAGAUGACAUCAAUGGUAUCCAGGCCAUAUACGGACCUUCCAAAAAUCCCACCCUGCCAACAGGUCCACAAACCCCACGAGUAUGUGACAGUAAGCUAACCUUUGAUGCUAUAACUACGAUUCGGGGAGAAGUGAUGUUCUUCAAAGACAAGUUCUACAUGCGCGUAAAUUCUUUCUACCCUGAAGCUGAGCUCAAUUUCAUUGCUGUUUUCUGGCCAAAUCUGGCAAAUGGACUUCAAGCUGCUUAUGAGGUUGCUCAUAGAGAUGAAGUCCGGUUAUUUAAAGGUAAUCAGUACUGGGCUGUUCGAGGGCAGGAUGUGCUGCCUGGGUACCCCAGGAGCAUCUACAGAUCCUUUGGCUUCCCCAGAAGUGUGAAAAAUAUCGAUGCUGCUGUUUUUCAGGAAGAUACUGGAAAAACAUACUUCUUUGUUGCUCACCAUUACUGGAGGUAUGAUGAAUAUAAACGAUCCAUGGAUGCAGGUUAUCCCAAAAUGAUAGCAGAUGGCUUUCCUGGAAUUGGCAACAAAGUUGAUGCUGUUUUCCAGAAAAAUGGAUUUUUCUAUUUCUUCCGUGGAACAAGGCAAUACAAAUUUGAUCCUAAAACGAAGAGAAUUUUGACUCUCGAGAGGGCUAAUAGCUGGUUCAACUGCAGACAAAAUUGACCACUGUUUCAAAGCUGAAUAGAAAAAUAUAUUUUGAGAACCCAAGGAAGGUAUUUUCCUGAAAAGCAAUGUUUUUUUUUUACAUAAAAUACAAGGCUAUUAAGUAAAAUCUCAUUUUAUAGCUCACUCUGCAUAUUUUUUAAUGACUUAGAAUGCAAUGUAUUUUGUACUGUUACAAUUUUGUUCCACAAAUGAGAGCUAAGGAUGAUCAAGUUCGUGGCUUAUUGAUUCAUAUGAGCCAGUUUUGCAAAAAGAGAAGCUCUUUCCAAAGUAAAAGACUCUGAGAUUGAUCCUGGAGAGUAGCCCCAGUGAUGAACAUCUCUCAGCAGAGAGGAUCUUCACCAGAAGAAAAGGACCUGUGAGCAGCCACUACCCAGUAUUAUUCCAGUAUGCAAGGGACUACUUUUAAUGUAGUCCCUUAAACAGAAAAUAAAAUGUUUAUGUUUUGAAUAAA